AUGGGGGGACGUCAGGCCGCCUUCUCUUCUCUACGCAUCGAGCUGAGAAUAUGGGAAUUGGAUGCAGGGACCUGCCGUCCGUGUAACAACACAGAAAUCCUGAUGGCCGUUUGCACGAGUGAUUUUGUUAUCCGUGGAAAUAUCCGGGCCGUCUCCAACGACAUGGAAGCCCAAGAAUCGAUCAUCAGUGUGAGCGCCACUCGGAUCCACCGACAGAAGUUUCCCUUGUUCCAACCGGUUGGCAAAUUGGGAAAAUCCACAGGCAACAUCCACACCCUGCUACGAUGUGGGGUAAGGCCUGGUCCGGGCAGUUUUCUAUUCACCGGGUGGAUGCACUUUGCAGAGGCCUGGCUCAGCUGUGCUCCCCGCUACAAAGACUUCCUCCGCAUCUACGAGGAGGCGCGCCAGGCUCACGAAAACCCCUGUGAAGUCUCAUUGGACUGAUUGGAGAUGGGAAGAGGUCAGGAAGAAGGGAAGCCCCUGGGGGGGCCCACACUGUGAUUGGGCCAGAAGCAGCCGCCUCAUCUCAGCAGUGGGAGGUGAACCCUGUCCUUAGACCCAAGAAGGACAAGCUCUUUCCUUACUCUAGAAGACCAAAUGGUUCUACCAACCCAUAACUCAUUCCCUGGUUCUCUGUGAAUGAGUUGUCUCAGCCAAAUCCAAGUGGACCAUCCAGAGCUGUUCUCUGAUAAGGUUGGGAAACGUCUUCUUUGUGCCAUUACCAGAAGAACAUUUCCUUGCGUUGAUUGUUCUGGGAAUGAAGGAACCUCUGGGCAUAAUGUACAACCAAGUUAUUUGGGGUUUAUGUUCAUUGAAUCCAUGGGACUCAUGGAACUCAAAGAAUCCUGGUGGUUCAAGCUUGUGGGAAAUUUCAAGCAAAGGAAGCCCUCUGAUGUUCUCUAGAUGUUUUGGACUACAGCUCCACAAACGCUUGCUACUGGUUCGGAGCUGAUGAAAGCUAAAGUCCAAAGCAUUUUUAGAGGGCAUUUGGUUCUUUGCCCCAUAUUUUUGAGAUCUCUGAAAUUACCAUCGCAGAACUACAUUCCCAAGAUUCUUCAACCUUGAGAAAGACUACGUGUCCAAUCCUAGAGAUCAAAAGCCAUUGGACAUAACGUCAUGGCAGAAGAGCCUCCAGAAAGUGGUCCUGGCUGCAGAGAUCAACUUUCAUUAUUUACACUAUUGGAAAAAAAUACAUCUCCUAGUCUUUGUGAUUUCAAAAAUGUGCUUGAACUUAUAUGAUAAUUAUUUAGCGAAGCUGGAGAGGUGGGCAAAAGUAUAUGCAGUCCUACGAGGAAGUUAGUAUAGGACUGAAUACCAUCUUCUCUUUAGGGCUCCUGUAUCCAGGCUGCAAGAAAACUGGACAACAAUUACAUGUCAGCAAAGAAUGAAAUCUCUUUUACUGCAUUGUGGUGGUUUUCUGGAUUUUUGGAGCCUAUAUAUGGAUGACUUGUCCUCCUGGCUGUGGGAAAAAGAUAGAGAACUGAGAAAGGAUGCGUGUCUUCCCUUUAUCACUCCAAAUUCCACGUAGCUCUUCUAUCAUCACCUUGGUGCUAAUGGCCGAUUUCUACCCCCGCAACACCACAAUGUGGAGUUGGCUGACAACUUUGUCUGUUUCCACCAAAAAAAAAAAAAUGCUGUGUAUUCAGGGUGCCUUACAGACUAACCAAUUUAUGGUGACAUAAGUAUUUAUGGACUAAAUUCCAAUUUGUCAGAGGUUCACAGUGUUAUCUUGAGUUUCUUGUGCCGGGGUUGGUUGGCAGGACGAGAGAGAAAAUUGUAAACGAUUGCAUUGAAACCGGGUGAUCAGCAAGAGCUAAGAACAGGGGUAAUUACCUGAUGAACAGCCAUUCACAAAAAACGUUGUUGGGCCCAGCAGGCAACUUUGGAAGGGGAGUUGAUUAGCACAUGCAGCGUGAUUUAUUGUUUUUAGAAAUUGUUCUUAUUCAAGCCACAGAGAUGACGAGUUGGACCUUUUGAUGAAUUCAGGCGCAGGGGCCUCGAAGUCUCCCUAAACCAUUAUCAGCAGAGAGCAGGACAGCAAUUUGCCUCCCAGAGUCACCUUGUGUGAGAUGGGCGGCUAUAUAAAUAUGAUAAAUAAUAAAUAAAUAAAAAAUAAAUAAAUAUUCAGAUGCAGGAACCAAAUUCUUGCAAGCCACCAAUAAUUAAUUGCAUUAUUACAGAAUCCUUUAAUGGCCUCUGUAAAAUAAGAUUGUCAUGCACCUUUUUAGGAGUGUCUGCAGGAUCUGGUCAAGAAAUUGUGUGUGUGUAUACACACAUACACACACACCCCUGCACCUUUUCGUGUUCCCAUAUGCUAUAUCUUACCAUCUGUCCCAAAUGCCUCUGUAUUGCAAAGAAGCCAAUCUGGCCUUCAAGGAAUAAAUAGUUACAAACCGGACAUUGCAAAUCUCAGCGUGCAAAAACUGUUUGGGAAAUGCUUCAGCCUCUCAAGAUAACUCUGUCCUAGGUAGCGGUGGCGGGUUCACCCCAUAUGCCAAGUUAUAAACUGGAACUGAUAAACCACCAGGGCUGGGGUCCCCCAUCCCGCCAGCUUGUAAUGUAUGACAUUUGUGGCUUAACAUGUUGUGUGAACCUCGUUUCGGUGUGUUUAAGGGGAAUUCUUGUGGAGCAAAGAGGUGCCUUGGCUUCAGCUGUGGCUCCCAUCCUCUAGAACAGUGUUUUUCA